GGUUGAGGGGGGUGAACUAUCUUGACGGUCAGUGUGAGCCCCACUGCUGCCUGCCUGCCGCUACUGUACUGGAGAUGCCAAGAUGGCUGCAAGCAAUUAUUUCGGCUUCACACAUGGUGCCGGUCCGCAGUACAGUACCCAGCCUCCCCCGGCCUACUCCCACCCCUCCACAGCCAGUUACAGUGUCCAGCAAGCUCCAGCUGUGGCUCAUGCAGUGACUGCGUCCUACUCUCCAGCUCCAGUGCAGGCAGCGCGGCCUGUGGCCUCAGCCCCUUACCCCGCUUAUCAGAGCCACCAGGCUCCUCCAGACUACACCUACAGGCAGCCAGAUCCCCCGGCCCCCCCGCAGCCCACCACCACCCCACAGACGUACCAGGUAUACCCAGACACGCAGGACAGCUACAGCUAUGGACGCCCUGCCGCUGUGACUACCUAUGACAAUAAACAGUACUACCAGACGAGUAUAGCCUCAGCUCAGAGGACACCUACAGAGAAUUACUACCAGACUGUAGGAGUGAAGAGCGCUUACAGUCCCGCGCCCUCCACUAUAUACAGCCAACCUCCUCCUCCCCAAAGGCAGGUAACGGCCCUGAAACCUCUGGCCCCCUCCAGCUCUGUGUCCACCAGCUACAACAUCUACCCAGUGUCCACCAGUGUCCAACAGCCCCCAACGCCCAUUUCAUCCUACACCCUUGGCUCCUCCUUCAGCUCCACUGUUGCAGCCACCUCCUACUCAGGCAUUAACUACUCCAGUUAUGACUCAACUGGCUACACCUCCACAUCCACCCCUUCCUAUUACCAGCCGGCCCAGCAGACUCUCGCCCAGCCGCAGCCUCCACCUCAGCAGCCCCAACAGCCGCAGCCCCCCAUCCAGGCACCGCCCAAGCAACUGACAAGCUCGUCCUGGAGCAACUCAGGGAGCAACAUGGUGACAGCUCCGGCUGGAAACACUUACAAAAAGCCAACAUUUCACCAGAGCAAGCUGCAGAAGCCCAAAGGGCCUCCAAAACAACCACAGCUCCACUACUGUGACAUUUGCAAGAUCAGCUGUGCAGGCCCUCAGACAUACCGGGAGCACCUUGAGGGCCAGAAACAUAAGAAAAAGGAGUCAGCUCUGAAGUCUGGAGGACAGACGGGGACCAGCAACGGGCCCAGAGGGGUCCAGACUCAGCUACGCUGUGAGUUAUGCGACGUCUCCUGCACUGGAGUGGAUGCCUACGCCGCCCAUAUCCGUGGGGCCAAACACCAGAAGGUGGUGAAACUUCACACCAAGCUGGGCAAACCUAUACCUUCCACUGAGCCGGUGUUGGUGAAUUCCACUCCAGUGGUCACAACCUCGACAGCUGGGAAACCUCCAGUCUCCACCUCUGCUCCUGCCUCAGUCUCAACCACUACUUCAACUCCCACCGCGACACCCAAACAGGUGGCUGUAAAUGCCACAGCUAAAACAACACUGCCAGUCAAGAAAUCAGCUCCUUCCAAAAUAACUGUCAUUUCCAAUAAGCCUCCCAGCACUCCAGCAGUGACAGCAGCAGCAGCAGCAACAACAGCAACAGCAACACCAUCAGCAGUGGUGGCUGCCAAGGUGGAGGGGCCAGUGCUACAGUCAGUUCAGAAGAUGGAGCCUCAGAGUGAGGAUGAGGAUGGCGACAGAGCAGGCGGCCAGGGAGACAUCCAGCCGGUGGGACACGACUAUGUAGAGGAGGUCCGUAACGAUGACGGCAAAGUGAUUCGAUUUCACUGUAAACUCUGUGAGUGUAGCUUCAAUGACCCCAACGCUAAAGACAUGCACCUGAAGGGAAGGCGGCACAGACUGCAGUACAAGAAGAAAGUGAACCCAGAGCUUCCUGUGGAAAUCAAGCCCAGUAACCGGGCCAGGAAGCUUCAGGAGAGCAAGCUGAAGAAGCAGAAGCAGAAGGCGGUGCUAAAGAGACAGAGAGACGAUGAGCAGCGCUGGCACAUGGAGAUGAGGCGAUACGAGGAGGACAUGUACUGGAGGAGGAUGGAGGAGGAGCAGAUGUACUGGGGGGAGCAGAGACGCAGGAUGGCUCCUCCGCCACUAAUGAGUCGCCCUGGUAUGCCAGUGCCCCCUCUACUGACGUGUGUGCGUCGGCCCGACUCUCCUGAUGACCGUCACAUCAUGGCCAAGCACUCUGCCAUUUAUCCAGUGGAAGAGGAGCUGCAGGCUGUCCAGAGGAUCGUCUCCCACUCUGAGAGAGCCCUGAAACUGGUGUCUGACUCCCUGCUUGAGAAGGAGACACCAGCUGUUGCUACUGCUGCUACUGAAGGAGACGAGAAAGGUACUGAGAACUCAGGCCGGCUGCUGAAAGGUGUGAUGAGGGUGGGCAUCCUGGCCAAAGGCCUGCUGCUUCGUGGGGACAGAAAUGUGGAGCUCAUCCUGCUGACUGCUAAGAAACCCACCAUCUCUUUACUGAAGAGCAUUGCCAAGCAGCUGCCCAAGGAACUGGCGACAUUUUCUGAAGAUCAGUAUGAGGUGCAGGCUCACCCCGAGGAGGCGAACAUCGUGAUAUUUUCAAGCAAGGAGCCCAAAAUGCAGGUGACCAUUUCUCUCACCUCGCCGCUGAUGAGGGAGGACCCUGCUGCUGAGAAGGACAAGCAGGCAGGAGGAAAAGCGGCUGAGAAAGGUGUGGCUGAGAAGGACCCUCCUGAUCUUCUGAAUAAGAGGAAAUGUCUGGAGUACCUGGCUGCUCUCCGUCACGCCAAAUGGUUUCAGGCUCGCGCCAACGGGCUGCAGUCGUGUGUGAUCAUCAUUCGGGUGCUGAGAGAUUUAUGUCAGCGGGUGCCCACCUGGGGAAAGAUGCCCAGCUGGGCGAUGGAGCUGCUGGUGGAGAAGGUGAUUAGCAGUGCUACAGGCCCACUGAGCCCGGGAGAGGCCAUGCGCAGAGUCCUGGAGUGCAUCUCCACAGGCAUCCUGCUGCCAGAUGGACCAGGGUUGAUGGACCCCUGCGAGAAAGAGCCAACAGAUGCUUUGGAAAGCAUGAUGCUUCAAGCUAGAGAGGACAUAACUGCCAGCGCACAGCAUGCUCUGCGGCUGCUUGCUUUCCGUCAGAUCCACAAAGUUCUGGGCAUGGAGUCCCUGCCGGCAUCCAAGGCCAGCGCUCGCAACCGCAAACGUCGGCGAGACGCGGGGGACACUGGGGAGGGCGAGGGGGAGGGCAAAAAAGACAAGAAGGAAGAAGCGGCGAGUGCUUGACCUCUACCUUUGAAGCAGAGGUGUUUGCUAGUUUAGAGACUGGUAGAAUGUCACAGCUUAUCUUGAAAACAAUCUUAACACACAACUAUACACAUAUGAAUAUAACUGACUUUACAUGUUACAUGUCUGCCCUUGAAUUAAGAGGAAUAAUAUGUUGGAGGAGGAGGACUGAAGUUUUAGAGUCUGUACUGGAAAUCCUUCUCCUGUACAGUGAUUUGCUGCACAUGCAGUAUAUUCUAAAAUGUGCAGAGAAAAUUGGCUCCAUUAAAAAAAAAAACAAACAAAAAAAAAACCUAAAUCAUGAAAAUGACUGAUAGCAUCAUUCCAUU